AUGGGUGGAAGCCGAAGAAUAGCGUGUGGAAGCUACUGGAUUGGAGGUCAGAAGUUUGGCAACAUAUACUAUGGCAGCCCCAGGAACUACACUGAGCUCCAAAAUUAUGCUGGCAGCUAUCGGAAUGACCGCUUCCAUGGAGUCAGGGUCAACGAGCACCUCUUAAAGCCACUCUCUGUCAGAGUUGACCCCGAGAUCCAGAAAAUACGAAUUCAGGAGCGGGAAGAAAUGAAAUCACUCAACACCCAGUUUGCCUGCUUCAUCGACAAGGUCCGAAACCUGGAGCAGAAGAACAAGGUGCUGGUGACCAAAUGGAAUCUCCUGCAGGAGCAGAGGCCACCGGUUAAGAGAGAUCUCCGACCUCUCUUUGAAAAUGCUAUAGGUGGCCUGCGCAAGCAGCUGGAUUUCUUGCUGAGUGAAAAGGGGCAGAUGGGACCACAGCUGCAGAAUAUUCAGCAGUGCAUGGAGAAGUUUCAGUGCAAGUAUGAAGAAGUCAUCAACCGCCGUGCGGCAGCAGAGAAUGACUUUGUUUUGCUUAAGAAGGAUGUAGACUCUUCUUUCAUGAAUAAGAGGGAGCUGGAGGUCCAGGUGGCAGCACUGAAAAUGGAGGUUGAAUUCCUGAGGUGUAUUUACGAUGAGGAACUGUCACUGCUCAGUCAGCAGAUUCCAUGUGAAACAUCAGUCAUCGUGGAGAUGGACAAUAACCGAGGCCUAGAUAUGAACUGUAUCCUCCAAAAUGUCGACUCCUGGUAUCAAAGUAUUGUGCAGGGGAGCAAAGAAGAAGUGAAUGCUCUAUACCGAAGCAGAUUUCAGGAACUUCAGAACCGAAGACAUCAAAUUAAUGAUGAUCUGAAGAACAGCAAACGAGAGGUUGCAGAACUGAGCCGAAUAACACAGAGACUGCUCUGUGAUCUGGAAAAAGUCAAGAAGCAGGUCGCGUCUUUGCAGUCGACUGUUUUUGAUACCGAGUAUCACGGCGAUUUGACUCUGAAGGAUGCCCAGGAGAAUCUGGAUAAGCUCCACAGCGCCCUGCAUAAAUCCAAGGAUGAGCUGGCAUGCAUGUUGAGGAACUAUCAGGAGCUUCUCAAUGACAAGCUGGCCCUAGAUAUUGAAAUAGCGACAUAUAAUUCAUUGCUGGAGGGAGAAGAAAACAGGUAUUAA